GAGGAAGGUGACAGGUGGAGAUUUCCUGAGGAGAGCUGUGAUUCUUGUGAGGCUCCCCUCUCUUGCUCAUGGCAUACCUUUUACAGAAGUCUUGUGUGAAUUGUGUUUUCCAUGCCCCUUUUGGGAUAUGUCAGUGCUCUGCUUGCCCCUAUUUUCCUUAACUUUAUUUUUUCACCAGAAUGUCCCUCUUCCAGUGGAAAGCCCAACCACGCAGACAUCUUGCUCAUAAACUUACAGUAUGUUUCAGAAGUGGAAAUAAUUAAUGACCGAACAGAAACCCCUCCUCCCCUAGCUUCACUCAAUGUUAGUAAGCUUGCCAGCAAAGCACGGACAGAGAAGGAGGAGAAGCUGAGCCAGGCCUAUGCAAUCAGCGCUGGUGUCUCCCUAGAGGGCCAGCAGCUCUUCCAGACCAUACACAAGACCAUUAAAGACUGUAAAUGGCAAGAAAAAAACAUCGUAGUCAUGGAAGAAGUUGUUAUUACACCCCCAUAUCAAGUGGAAAACUGUAAAGGCAAAGAGGGGAGUGCACUGAGCCAUGUACGCAAAAUAGUAAGUAAAGGAGCCAUGAAACCUUAGGGAGAGGAUGAUUCCUUGGCCUUCACCCCUCCAGCAUCAGGGCAGGACAUUAUGUCGCAAUCCCUGCCCUUUCUGACACAGUCUGCAAGCAGCCCUGCCUAAUUACCCUGCCUCCCCACACUGUGCUGCUCUGCAUCCAUGGCUUGGACACUCGGAUGGGGAUGGAACCACUGGGCAGUGUGGAAUAAAGUGAAUGGUCAAUCCCAUGUCCUCUGCAGUGUGGCUUUUUGAAAUUAGCCAGACCAUUCCAUGGUACUGGGCCUGAGCAGUUCCUCUCAUCCCAGACUGCUCAGGAAGGGCUGGUUGGUGUACAUCAGUUGCUGUUGGUGUCUGUGACCCUGCAGGUAUCAUCUGACUUUCUAGAUUGAGCUGUAGCAUUUGUAAAAAUAAACUGAGCAUUGAGAGACCAAUGUGAAUGUAAAAGUUUAAGUCUAAUUCCCCACCAACUUUUCAUUCUGCACUUGUGUGAGGAGGGGAGAGGGAGUUUGUGUCAUUGUAAUCUAUAUAUGGUAAUAUAAUAUUCUGUUUUAGUUUUAUAGAUUAUAGAAGAUUUAUAGAGUCACCUUCUUUUAGCCAGUCUUAGCUGAAGCUGCAAAAAAAUUUGGCUGAAUGAGAACCCCCAUCUACCUUGUUGGGAAGGCCAACAGACAGCAAGGGCAAAGGUGCUGAAUAGUCCAUGAGCCGGACAGCCAGGAUGGGGCUGUCGAAGUCUGGAGUGAACUAUUUGGGAGGCUUUGUGUGUCUAUCCCUUUUUCUGAUCUAAACUGGUCU